GCCCGCCAAGAUGGAGCAAACCUGUAAUGAUAUAGAUGAAAUGUUCAGCAAUUUACUUGGGGAGAUGGACAUGCUGACUCAGAGUUUAGGAGUGGAGACCGUACCACCUCCAUGCCCCAAAGUGUCCAAUGAUGAAUUUAGCUUCACAGUUGGUUUUAAAGAUUUAAAUGAAUCACUAAAUGCCCUGGAGGACAAAGACCUGGAUGCUUUAAUGGCUGAUCUUGUAGCAGACCUUAAUGAUGUUGAACAGAAAACUUUACAAGCCCAGAAAACUUCUUCUUGCAACCAGCAAAGUACAGUCACUCAGCCUUCAACAGGCUUGAAUAGUGACAUUUAUUCUAAAGUAAGUCCCUAUGUUAUCAUUACUGGAGGACAGUUUGGGGAUGAUUUGCCCCCUCCACCUCCAGACCCUGAACCAGAACUUCCACCACCACCGCCUCCUCCAGAGCCAGUUACUCAGGAAGAACUAGAAGCAAAGGCUAAAGCUGACAAGAUUAAACUUGCAUUGGAGAAACUGAAGGAAGCCAAAGUUAAAAAGCUUGUUAUCAAGGUGCACAUGCACGAUAACAGCACAAAGUCUCUAAUGGUGGAUGAGCGUCAGGUGGCACGGGAUGUUUUAGACAAUCUCUUUGAGAAAACCCACUGUGACUGCAAUGUCGACUGGUGUCUGUAUGAGAUAUACCCAGAGCUGCAGAUUGAAAGGUUUUUUGAAGACCAUGAAAAUGUUGUUGAAGUGUUAUCUGAUUGGACUCGAGACACUGAGAAUAAGAUUAUGUUUUUGGAAAAAAGUCAGAAAUAUGCUUUAUUUAAAAAUCCCCAGAAUUUCUACCUGGCAAACAAAGGGAAGAAAGAAAGCAAAGAAAUGAAUGAUAAAAACAAAGAGGCUUUGCUGGAGGAAAGCUUCUGUGGGACAUCUGUCAUUGUGCCAGAGCUUGAAGGGGCCCUUUAUUUAAAAGAAGAUGGAAAAAAAUCCUGGAAGAGGCGUUAUUUUCUUCUACGAGCUUCUGGAAUUUAUUAUGUACCCAGAGGAAAAACCAAGACAUCACGGGAUCUGGCGUGCUUCCUUCAGUUUGAGAACGUGAAUGUGUAUUAUGGUUAUCAACACAAAGUGAAGUAUAAGGCACCUACAGAUCACUGCUUUGUCUUAAAGCACCCCCAGAUUCAAAAGGAGUCACAAUAUAUCAAGUACUUGUGCUGUGAUGAUAAAGCAACCCUGCAUCAGUGGGUAACAGGAAUAAGAAUUGCCAAGUAUGGUAAGACACUCUAUGACAAUUACAAACAUGCAGUGAAGAAAGCUGGCUUGUCCUCUCACUGGGCGAAUCAAAAAGUGGUGGAACCAGCUGCCCCUGCAGGAUCCUCAUCAGCAGGUACGGUUCAGUCAAAUGGCCAGAUUCCCCAAAGUGUUCAUCCUUCCACUGCAGAAUUUCCAGACACUCAGAAGAAAGUGGAUACAUCUGAGGCACAGGCUGAAACAAAUAAUGGCAGUGCACCUGGCCCGGCACAGCCAUUGCUGAGGCCACAGAAACUCCAGAGUAAGAGGACCUCACUGCAGCCUCCUCCUCCACCUGAAAGGCGUUCAUCUGCUAUUUCUGCUUCACCAGUUCUACCCUCCAAAGUGAAACGAGACAGCGGCAUUUUCCUAACAGAUCCAGAGAGUUUUCCAGCACCACCACCUACAGUGAAGAUUGAUUUUCCUCCACCACCACCACUCUCCGAUUUCUGUGAACCACCUCCUGAUUUUGUGCCUCCACCACCACCAGUCUCCAGCAGCAGUAAUGGAGAUGUGCCAUUACCCCCUCCACCUCCACCUGCCUCCAGUAAGCUACUGCCACCACCUCCAGCAAAGAAACAUGUACCACUUCCUCCAAAAAGGCUGGAAAGCACAGGACAAGAUGGAGAGCCACAGUCACUGGGGCCACCUCUGAUUGCAGGGGGAGGCAAGCAAGCAGAUUUCAUGUCUGACCUAAUGAAAGCUCUUGAGAAGAAAAAGGGUAACAGCUCCUGAAUUCUGGGAGUGGGCAGACUUUAAGACAUAGAUGGUUUUGUGAGGCGUCACAGAAUCUCAUUCAGGAUCAGGCUUCUCCAGGAGGAAUCCUCCUUCACAGUUCCUCUUGCGGGGGGUCUCAAGAAGGUGGGGCACCCUUUGUCCCCCACUUUGUCCCUGUAACCUGCUCCUUUCCCCCUGCACCUCACCAUCCCCUGCUCUUAACUCCGAUUCCAGCACCAGGUCAAGGUUAAGAAUUAGCUG